AUGUUACGCCGACGAGAUCGCCGACUUCUGCAGGAUUCAAAAGUCAUCCCUACAGACCAUGUCGCUGCCCUACACCAUCUGCUCGUUAUGGACUUGAAAAUCUCCCGUCCAAGGAAGAGACAUCCAAGGACUGAAACACAGCGCAUCAAAUGGUGGAAUCUGAAGGAUCGAAAGGAGCGUUAUACGCUUGACCGCGGAAAACACUCUGGGAAAGACGACUCUAGGACGCGUCAGCCUGAAGAUCGGGGUGCUUACCUAGCGGCGAAGAGGGAGGCUAAGAAGGCAGUCUCCAAGGCGAAGUCGGACCGCUACAAGGCUGUGUACGACAUGCUUGAUACCAGAGAAGGCGAGCGGGCAGUGUAUCGUUUAGUCAGAGCACGUCAUCGCUCAACGUUGGAUAUGGAGCACACCAAGAUCGUUAAGGGAGCUGAUGGAGCCGUUCUGCGCCGCUCUGGUCAGAUCCUGGAAAGGUGGCGAGAGUACUACAAUCACUUGUGUAACGAAGAGUUCUGUCAUCCUCCCAUCCCAACCGUUCCCAGCGUCGAGGGUCCUGUUCUACCAAUUACUGCCGUCGAAGUCAGUGCUGCCCUCGCAAAAAUGAAGUCGAACAAGGUAACCGGUCCUGAUGACAUACCUGCUGAUAUCUAG